AUGAAACAGCAGAGUGGAGCAGACCAGGUCUGCUGGAGCGGAGGACAGAGGUGCGUGGCUCCCACAUGCCUGCGUGUUUCCACCGCAACCCGACCAGCCUUUGCCUCGGUCCGCGGGUUACAGCUCCACAAUCAAACUUUUCUGUACAUUUCCACGUCACCUGGACGCCAAACAUAAAUUUGGCAUCCUAUGCAAAUAUAUGCUGACGUAAAAGAUCAUGUGGUUUUUGUCGUCGAUCCCCCCUAUGAGCAACGAGGAGGCUUUUUUUUUCUCCUCUCUACUGUUGUCUUUAGGUUAGCUAUGCUACAAUCUUUACUGUACCCAGCGCUAGCUAUAUGCGCUCCGCACCGCACCACUCUGGAUAUCUGGGAAUAAUCAACUUCCAGCCUGUCGCACCCCGCAACUACACACCGCUCACAGCUCCCACCCUGUCGAGAGGCGCAGUAUGCAGGGCAGAGUAGUGCAGACACCAGAGAAGAAUACCCCAAGUGCUGCUGGUUUAACUGACAUUUAGAAAGACGAGGACCGACGAAAAGAGAGGAAGAGAAGGAGAGACCGUGUUUGGAGGAGGAGGUGGAAGAUUAAAUCGGAGACCCGCCCACUCUGGUGAAGCCCCUCCCCUUAGAGGAAGUGCACUUGACCCCUGCUGCUGUCUGUGAUGCCCUCCCAUGACGCCCAGGCUGGGAGCUGACACUGACGGUGAGCGGGAGACGCCACUGCACAGCCGGUCCUGGGCCCGUUCCAUCAGCUGGUUUUCACCCUCGCUCUUGCACGCUGGAGACUACUCCUUCACCCACCAACUGGUAUCCACAAUCAUCAGCUACUAUCCACUUCAGUAAAGUUCGCUUAAAAAGACCCAACAAUCCGCUAAGCUUGGUCACCAGCACUAUCAGCCAAAAUCCACAGUCUCUUAAAAAACAAUCAGCAGCACCAGCACAGCUAUUACCACCAACACCAGCAGCAACAGCCAUCAUGUCCAGCCGUAGAAAGUCCUCCACACCUUGCAUGGUCCGAGUUAUAAGCGACCUGCCCGAUGAGCUAGAAGAUCCAGAAGACGUGAUGGAUAUGGAAAAGCUGUCUGCCAACGCCAUGACGGCAAACGGACACUCAGAACUAUCAGAAACCAAUGCAAAGCAGGAUCCACAGCAGGAGAAUGCAGAGAACACUGACAAGGGGACAUUUUUAAAGCAAGUGGAAACACAAAACCUUGAGCCAUUAGUACAAGAGCUGGAGUCCGAUAAAGGAGAUCAAACUCACGUCAUGGAAAAUGUAGACAUAAGUGAACUGAAAGACAAAGAAACUGAAUCUGAACAGGUGUCAGAGAAAAAGCAGCCUAGAGGGUACAAAUGCAAAUAUUGUCCGUUUUUGACGCAGAACCUGAGUGACUUUAAGGAACAUGUAGACUCUAGUCACCCUAACGUCAUUCUGAAUCCACUGUAUCUCUGUGCUGUGUGCAACUUCAACACCAAGAAGUUUGACUCACUCACGGAGCAUAAUGAAAGCCAGCACCCAGGUGAGACAAACUUCAAGUUUAAAAGGAUACAAAGGAACAAUCAGACUAUCUUAGAACAGACAAUCGAAGGCAAAGACAAUUCAGCUGAAUGCAAAAUGACAGACGAACAAGGUGAAGGCAACAGUAGUUCCAUGUUUCCUCCUUGUAUAUCUACAACAGUAAAAACACCCUGUAACAUGCAAUCCCUGUUUGGAGGAGCAGACCUUCAAAGCCAACUGGAUGGUUUGAUCCAGAAGGAUCAGAUCACAGCAUUAAACAUCAAUGGAACAGUUAUCAUACCUGAACCCACCAUGCUUCAAGGGCUCUCUCAUGUCACCCCAAUGCUUAAGCGCCCACCCAACUUUAACUCUGUACCAAAAAUAGCUGUUCCUUUGAACACCACCAAAUACAACCCUUCCUUAGACGACAAUUUGACAUUGAUCUCAUCCUUUAACAAGUUUCCUUACCCAACUCAUGCCGAGCUGUCAUGGCUCACGGCUGCCUCCAAGCAUCCGGAGGAGCAGAUCAAAGUCUGGUUCACCACCCAGCGGCUGAAGCAAGGGAUCACCUGGUCCCCAGAAGAGGUGGAGGAAGCCAGAAAGAAAAUGUUCAAUGGUUCUAUUCCUCCUGCCCAUCACACAUUUACCAGUCCUAUAUCUCAUCCCCCUGCCAAAUUGUCCAAGCAGCCUAUUGUUCACACAACUGUCGAGCACCCAGGUCAGGUGCGGACAACUGUGUCCAGUGAAUUAAGUAUUGUCUCAUCCACAAAUUCUUCUGCAGGGGUGACAAUUGGUUCCAGCCACAAUCUUAAACGAUCCCUGACCACACAUCUAGCGUCACAGAUUGGUCCCGAGGCAAAGCGACCUAUCAUGGCGGUGGCCCCUCAUUCUGGUGACCCUAAAGACAAGCUUCUUAUGGCUCCUCCGCCACCACCUCCACCCCAGAAAGACCGACUACCAAUGGCUCCACCGCCAGUUCCUAUGGAAAUGAAAAGACCUGGAGCAGCUCCGCUAGUCAAUGCAGAAAUGAAGAGGCCAUCUUUUCCUGUGCCUUCAAUGCUGCCACCAUCUUCAUCGUCAUCACUAUUGUCGUCCUCCAAAGGGAAGUUUCUCUCUGCAACUGGAAAUUCCAAGACAAAGCCACUGGUCUCUUUGCCCUCCAUGGUGUUUCCAGAGUCCUUAACAAGGCCUAUGAUAGCUCCUCCGCCUAUAUAUGCCCCACCAUUUAAAAACUGUUUGCUAAUCCCCCGAACUACAACCAUUAGUCCCAAAGAAAAGCAUGCUAAUACUCACCCUUUGCCUGAUUUGAACCUGCCAAACUCUCCUCCAUCGAUAAACUCUCACAUAAGGCGGCCAACCAUCAUCCAGUCUGUCCGCACUCCAGCUAAAAUCCCUUCGCAAAUUCAGGGGUUCCCUCUGGAGGGCAAGAAACUAAAGGAGCAUCAGAGUUUAGAGAUUAAUUCUGGCUACCCCAGAGGAGAUAAGAUUGUCAGUCCUCUGACAGAGGCUAAUGGGACAUCCCGUUUGGAUGGUAAAAUGUUCACAGAUCAGACGUUCCCUACUCACAGUAACGGAAUCAUACAUUUGGAUAGUGGUGAUGCUUCAACACCACAAAAGCAAGAUUUUAAUCCAAAGUCCUCAGUGAUGACUCAGUUCCCUUUGCUGGAAAGGAUGAAAGGAAAAACAGCAAAACAACUGAAGGUCUUGGAGGAGAAUUUCUUGCGGAACAGCUUUCCCACGCAUAGCGAUGUGGACAAUCUUGCAGCCACGACCCGCCUGUCUCAUCAGGAAAUUGACAGCUGGUUUGUGGAGCGCCGUGCACUACGAGACAACCUGGAACAAGCCCUUCUGAACUCCAUGGGCACCAAGAAAUUGAGUGGUACUCCUGGCAUAGGGGAGAAACAGUUACAUCCACAUCAGCAUCAAACUCUACAGCUGAACGGGGUCCACAAAGCAAACACUAAUGUGGUCAAUCUUAAGAGCCCUCCUUUACUUUCACAUGCCCUCUCCAUUGCUUCUUCCAUCCCUAACUUAAAUACCUGUUCAGUGCCUCCAGACAGCCGAUCACUGGCACUCCUCAAGGACGAUUUUGCUCAAACACGGUGGCCUUCCCCUGAGGAGUUACACCAGCUGGAAGGUCGGAAAGGACUUGCUCGCUCCGAGCUCGCUCGUUGGUUCACUGACACUCGGCUGCAGAGCAUGGAACUGACAGAACUCUUUCACAACAAUGGAAUAAAUGGAGGGCAGGGGCAGCCUGUGUGUUCCCCUGAGAAAACUUCAUCCAGCAUCAUCCAGCGUUGUCAGGAAGGAGCCGUAGCAAACAACAACAAAGUGCUGGAGCUGGAGCUUGGAUGGCUGUUGGACCAGCGUUCCAACAGUCUCAACAAUCAGCAGCACACUGAGCUCCAAGACCAGUUUGCUGGCAGACUGAGGCAGCAGAGUAUGGCCGAAAUGAAGAACGGGGCCCAAAAUGGGGGACUCAUGGGAGGAGCGCGGGAGGUGUUCGGGAGCUGGCUGGACGACGGACCUUUGAGGAGGGGACGGGAGCUGCUCCUGGACCGAGAGAGGAAGAUGGCGGAGGAGACAUCCGGGCGGCUUACAGGAUGAAGAUUUGCCGCCGUCACUGCUGCUGGAAACAUACAGGAAGAAAGAAUCCGAAGAAUGGAGAGACGAAAAGUUCUUUUUUUUUAUUUUCGUUUAAUUAACAGAUAUUGUACUGUAUUAUUAUUUUUUAAAACCAAUUCUUAUCUCUUGAUUGUCGCAUCUGAGGUCACGCACAACAUCUCCCUCGAUCCGGUUUGAGGCAGUGUCGUCCAUGUUUUCCUGCUGAAGUAACCCCAGGAUGGGAGCGAUUUUUGAGUUUAAAUAACAGUGGGCUUUUGAGGCGGCUGGUUUUAUUAGGGGACAUGAGCGAGCGUGCACCCAUACCAAAAUCUGAAGAGCUCAAAUAGAAAUUCAGGGUCACAAUCUGUGAAAGUAAUUGAAAAAUCCCUCCUUUUUAAUAGAGUUCAUAUUUAUGCUUCCAGCUUUCACAGUGAAGUGGGUUUAAUAAAAGUAAUAUAUACAAACUAGAUCGAAAGGCAUUUAAGCUAAUUUACAAAAAACGAG